AUGUGCUUUUAUUCAUAUUUGCAUCGUUAUUUACAACCCAAACAAAAUCAAGUUACUCGAUUAUUAUUAUAUGCAGCACAAGCAUGUCAUGAAUUUGUGCCUUCAGAUAUUAUUGAACAAUUGGUUAGAGUUAUUGCCCAAAAUUUUGUUUCUGAUCGAAAUUCUGAAGAGGCUAUAACUGUUGGACUAAACACUAUAAGAGAAAUUUAUGCAAAUUGUCCGGAUGCUGCAAAUGAGGGGAUGGUUAGAGAUUUGGCUGAGUACAAACAUAUCCACAAUAAAAAUGUUUCAAUGGCUGCUCAUUCAUUAAUUGUACUUUUGCGAACUAAAAAGCCUCAUUUAUUGCAUCAUAAAGACAGAGGAAGACCUCCUAAAAAACAAAAACGGUUGGAUGAAGAGGAGGAGGAGGGGGAAGAAAAUGAAGAUGAAUCUGAGGAUAAUGAAUCAAUGGAGGACGAUGACGAGACGGAAGAAGAAGAAAUAGAAGAAGAGGAAACAACAGAAAAUAAAACCAACAACGAAGAAGAAGAAUCUUCAGCAUUAGACGGUUUACCACGCCUUAAAAACAUUGAACAUUUUAGUAAAAAACGAAAACAAACAAAAGAAGAAAGAAUGGAACAAGUUAGAUUAGGCAGGGAGGAUAGAGCAACAACUUAUGCUAAACCUAAAAAGAAGGGAGCACAUGUUGGCAGAACCAAUAGAGAAUUGGCAAAACGCAAAAACUUUAAAAUGGUGCAACACAAAAUGCGUGGCAAAAAUCGUCAGAGAUCUUUCCGUGAUCGACAAUUAAGUUUAAGAAAUUAUUUGUUGAGACAACAAGGAAAAAAAGUUUAG